CGGCCAGCACCCGAGGCGAGGGUGCACUUCCGAGUGACGAGGUUCAUCAUGGAGGCAGGUGUCAAGCUAGGGAUGCGGUCCAUCCCCAUCGCCACCGCCUGUGCCAUAUACCAUAAGUUCUUCUGCGAGAUCGACCUGGACGCCUAUGACCCCUACUUGGUGGCCAUGUCUUCCCUUUACUUGGCCGGCAAAGUGGAGGAACAGCGCCUGCGCACUCGUGACAUCAUCAACGUUUCCAACAGGUAUCUCCACCCGGACAGCGAGCCCUUGGAACUGGACUCACGCUUUUGGGAGCUCCGGGACAGCAUCGUGCAGUGUGAGCUGCUCGUACUGCGGGUUCUGCGUUUCCAGGUCUCCUUCCAGCACCCUCACAAGUACCUGCUCCACUACCUGUUGUCCGUCAAGAACUGGCUGAACCGUUACAGCUGGCAGCGGAGCCCCGUCUCCAUCACCGCCUGGGCCCUGCUGCGGGACAGCUACCACGGGGGGCUGUGCCUCCGGUUCCAGGCUCAGCACAUAGCCGUGGCGGUGCUCCACCUGGCCCUGCAGGCCUAUGGGGUCGAGGUGCCCGCUGAGGCCGAGGCCGAGAAGCCAUGGUGGCAGAUUUAUACCAUGGACACAGAGAUCCCCUAA